AUGGUUUGGCUGUCAAGCUGUAGAGUCACAGAAGAUGGCUGUUCUUCUCUGGCUUCAGCUCUGAGGUCAAACCCCUCACACCUGAGAGAGCUGGAUCUGAGCUACAAUGACCUGCAUGAUUCAGGAGUGAAGCUGCUCUCUGCUGUACUGGAGGAUCCCAGCUGUAAACUGGAGGCACUGAGGCUGUCAGGCUGUAGAGUCACAGAAGAUGGCUGUUCUUCCCUGGCUUCAGCUCUGAGGUCAAACCCCUCACACCUGAGAGAGCUGGACCUGAGUGACAAUGACCUGCAGGAUUCAGGAGUGAAGCUGCUCUCUGCUGUACUGGAGGAACCCAGCUGUAAACUGGAGAAGCUGAAUGUGGAUCAUGGUGGAGAGUGCAGGACCAGACCAGGCUUACAGAAAUACUCCUGCCAGCUGACGCUGGACCCCAACACAGCAAACAGACUCCUGUCUCUGUCAGGGGGGAACAGGAAGGUGACACGGGGGGGAGAGGAGCAGCCAUAUCCUGAUCAUCCAGAGAGAUUUGACAACAUCCACCAAGUUCUGUGCAGAGAGAGUCUGACUGGCCGCUGUUACUGGGAGGCUGAGUGGGAUGGAGAUGUAGCCUGGAUAGGAGUCACUUAUAAAGGGAUCAGGAGGAAAGGAGGGAAUGACAGUCUGCUUGGAUACAAUGACAAGUCAUGGAGUCUGAGCUGUAAACAUGACAGUUACUCUGUCCGGCACAAUAAUAAAUGGACUGACAUACCCAUACGGCCCUCAGGCUCCCGCAGAGUAGGAGUGUAUCUGGACUGGGGGGCUGGUGCUCUGUCCUUCUACAGAGUCUCCUCUGAUGGACUGACCCUCCUGCACAGAUUCACCUCCUCAUUCACUGAGUCCCUCUAUCCAGGGUUUGGGGUUUUUAACUCCAUAGUGUUACUGUGACGUGUUGCUGGUUCUCCUGGCAAAAAGGUCAAAUCUCUGCUUUUUAACCUUUAUAAUCCUUUUUGCUCUGAAAUGUAUGUUUGACAAAAAUAAGUUUUUCUCUCUGACUAAAAUGUAACUAAAUGUAAUCCUGAUUGGGGGGGGCUUUCCCCCUCCCCUGUAUAUGUACAUUUUAUAUAUUUACGCCUAUUUACUGUAUUUCCUCCCUGUAAAAUGACAAUAAAGGUUUUCUGUUCUGUCCUA